GCAACAACAUUUUUAAAUCAUUAUUCUAAACUUUUUACUUAAGAAAAGUAAAAGAAAAUUAAAUCAAAAAUUCAAUCAACUAUAGAGAGCUGCCCGAAGUUUAUCUGUUAGAAAAAGUUUGCUUUUGUCUCAAGAAGAGAAAAAAAUAAGAUGCUUAAUUACUAUUGUCCUAGUAACGAAAAUUUGAGUUGGAUAGAAUCGAGAGGCUUCUACUUGUUCUACACAAUUUUCUUAGUAACUUAUCACCUAAUACUUCUAUCGUUGCCAUUUACGUUUUUCACUACUCAAAUGGUCUGGACCAUAACAAAUAUUAGUCAUAAUCUGAUUCAUCUUUACUUUCUUCACAUCAUCAAAGGAGUUCCCUGGAUAAGUCGAAUGGACGAUGGAAACAAGAAGGAAACCCACUGGGAACAACUUGAUGGUGGUGUGCAGUGGACUCGACAAAGAAAAAUACUCACAGCAAUUCCAAUUAUCCUCUUUCUUCUCACAUGUCUAUACACUCAAAACUCUGAAAGUCAUUUCAUGGCAAACUUUAUAUCACUUAUAGUCGUCACGCUUCCUAAACUUCCCAUGUUUCAUCAUGUAAGACUUUUCAAUAUCAACAAAUACUGAGAUGAAACUUUUGUGAGAGGAAAUAAAAUUCAAUUUACUGAAUAAUCGUAAAAUAAUCUAAAAUCGAAUCAAAACUUUUUGUUUCCUUUUUUAAGUAUUUAUUUCAGAGUUUAUCAAUCCUUCAUUUAACAUUUUAGUUUUAUUUAUUUAGCAAGAAUCCUUUAGGCUUGCUUUAAAUUAAGCUUAAGCUUCAAUUAAAUAA